AUGAAUUUUUUUGCGUCUUUUUCUUCAGGGGGAAAGAAGAAGGAGAAGUGUCCUGUGAAGACGGAGGAAUACGAAGUCGACGACAUCGUGGCGCACAAGAAAGAGCGAGGUCUUGACUAUUUUAAGGUGCGAUGGAAGGGAUUCGAUGAAUCAGACGACACCUGGGAAGUGGAGUCCAACUUGGCCCACGCUCCAAUGUUUCAUUUGAAGAUGCACGAACUUAAGAAGGAGACAGAGCAUAAAUUAGCCGAGAAAGACGCAGAAGCGGCGGCACAGGCGCAUGCCAGAAAGCGGAGAAAGCACACAUCGCUUGAAUCUGACCCCAGCCGCCCCUGUGACGUUGAAGGUCAAGAGGAAGACGCAGAAGUUGAAUACAGGAUAUAUGCGACGGGAACGAAGGUGCCGAAAAACCAUUUGCCAGACGAACUUGCCCUAGGCGAUCGCUUGAGUAUUUUGCGUUUCAAGAGGUCUGCCAUGAGCGCGUCGUCCGCCCUUGACGCUCAAAAUGAAGAAGAGGGUGCCGACAUAACAGUCACGUAUUCAAUAGAUGGGACAGACACGUACACCAUUCCGUUUAACGCCGCGCGGCGCUACUGCUGCCAGCGCCUCCUCUCUUACCUCAUUCGCCGAACGACCUUUAGGAGCCCCCGAGGCUCUCAGGAGCCUGGCAUGGAGGGGUCUGUCUCUGCUCGUUCAGGCAGCAGCAACGGCGGCAGCCCGCAGCAACACUCGGUGUGCACUGCUGGCGAGCGAGGGUCCGUGCAGGACUGCCUUUCCGAGCCAAUGGAAGGCAGUGGCGAGAAGCAACAGCAGGGCGACUGCAAGCAAACGGACUCCGCAACGUACGGGGAUACCGCGACAGCGCCUCAAGCAGGCGGGGAGGCUGCAUCAUCCGCGCCAGUCAGCGGUGUCGCAGUAGGCUUGGCUGCUGCGGCAACGGCGGAUGCCUCCAAGUGCACGAAAAAUAGUGGAAGGCUUAGUGAGGGAAACAACAAAGGGGGACUGUAUCUGCAACAUAGCAAGCAGCGAGUAAAGGAAAGUUCUCUACCCGCUACCGGGGGGGCGUGCGCGGCAGCAGGUCUGCCAACUACUCCCACACAGAAUGCUGCGUGGUAG